GCGGGGUCCUUUCCUGGGGCGGUCGCGCAGGCAGCGGCUGCGGGAAGCCGGGAGCCGGGCAUCAUGUACUACAAGUUCAGUGGCUUCACGCAGAAGCUGGCGGGAGCAUGGGCUUCUGACGCCUAUAACCCGCAGGGGUUAAAGCCUGUGGUUUCCACAGAAGCACCGCCCAUCAUAUUUGCCACACCAACUAAGCUGACCGCCGAUUCUGCGUAUGAUUAUGCUGGGAAAAAUAAAGUCCCAGAGCUGCAGAAGCUUUUCCAGAAGUCCGACGGUGUGCCCAUCCACCUGAAGCGAGGCUUGCCUGACCAGAUGCUUUACCGGACCACCAUGGUGCUGACGCUGGGAGGGACCAUCUACUGCCUGAUCGCCCUCUACAUGGCUUCACGGCCCCGCAACAAAUGAGCUAGGCCGCAGAGGAAUUUUUAUUUUGCAUUGUUUCUGAUAAAAGUUUUUUUUUUUUUUUUUUUAAACUCGGGUGGGCUACCUAACAUUUUUGUAAGAAAAAUGGAAAGAUUAUGAAAAUAUUUUGGUUUGUUUGUGAAAUGCAUAUGGUCUGCCAGAGUCCAUCCGACUGUUAAAACUGAUGCUUAAACAAAUGAUGCUGCUCUGUGCCUUUGGGCCCCUGAUUUCCCUGGAGGUGUCAGAUGAAGGCUGUACACAGGCUCCUUAAUGGCAGUCUGGGCCGAGGUUGUGUUUUAGAGCACGGGGGUGCAGAAGCCUUUCUGGAUUUCCAUGUGACCGAGGAAGGAAAUCAGAAGCCAAGACCCGAGGCAUGAAAUGAGGGGUGUGAGUUAGUAGCCACCUUGGGGAUUUUUCCAUCUUGCUGUACUAUGUUAAUGGAAAUUAUUUGCAGCCCGCCUCUAUUCAUGGGCAGUUUGUUUCAAAGGGGUAUUUGCCUCAUCUCAGAUCCUAUUGAAAUUUUCUGUGUAAUUGUUAUGUAUUUAUUCCACCAUGGGAGCAGAGAACACCUGUUCAGUGCUGCACUUUAGACUGAGGUCUGUGUUCUUAACACAGCUGUGCCACACAUUCUCCUUUAACUCGUGAAAAUGUUCUGGCUUUAAAUCAUAUUUUGGCUGUGGAAUAAAUAUGUGAAUGAAAAA